ACCCAAUCACCAAUCGAAAAAGAAAGGAAAAAAAAAAUAAAAAAGCUAACAAAAAAAAAAAAAAACCAAAACCCUCACAAAAAUAAAUUUCCCUCUUUUCCACAACCUUCACAGUUCUUCAAGCCUUGAAACCCCAUUUGGCUCCAUUCCCCAUCCGUAACAGCAUCCCUCCUUCCUCUCUUUCCUCACUUUCAAAGUUCAAUUUUUUUUUUCUUAAAGAAAUAGAAUCAAACAGAUAGAAAUAAUAUUCUAUUUUUUCCCCAAGCUAUUACUGAUUAUGCUCAUUAAAUUCUCUUCAUGUCCAGUACCCACUCUUCAUUAAGGUAUGGUAACUGGGAGUAACCAUAUUCAAAACCAUAACCACCAAGAAGAUGGGGAGAAAAACCCAACUAAGGGAGGAGCUUCUAGGUCGUGGGGCACGACCGUUUCAGGUCAAUCCGUUUCGACUAGUGGUAGUGUUGGCUCUCCCUCGAGCCGGAGUGAGCAAGCAAUGGCUACACCAGCUAGUGAGAACACUUUUUUAAGAUUGAACCAUCUCGAUAUUCACGGAGAUGAUGCUGGAUCUCAAGGUGCAGUUGGUAGUAAAAAGAAGAAGAGAGGUCAACGUGCGGUUGGAGGUGAUAAGAGUGGCAGAGGACUUCGCCAAUUUAGCAUGAAAGUUUGUGAAAAAGUAGAAAGCAAGGGAAGAACUACAUACAAUGAGGUAGCAGAUGAACUUGUAGCUGAAUUUGCUGAUCCUAGCAGUAGUGUAGCAUCACCAGAUCAGCAACAAUAUGACGAGAAAAACAUCCGGCGAAGGGUUUAUGAUGCCCUGAAUGUACUCAUGGCAAUGGAUAUUAUAUCUAAGGAUAAAAAAGAAAUACAGUGGAAGGGACUUCCUCGUACUAGCCUGAAUGAUAUUGAAGAAUUAAAGACAGAACGGCUUGGGCGGAGAAAUAGGAUUGAAAAAAAAGCUGCCUAUCUGCAAGAAUUGGAGGAACAGUUUGUAGGUCUUCAAAAUUUGAUACAACGAAAUGAGCAAUUAUACAGCUCAGGAAAUGCUCCCAGUGGGGGUGUGGCUUUACCUUUUAUUCUGGUGCAGACACGUCCUCAUGCAACUGUUGAGGUAGAAAUAUCAGAAGAUAUGCAGCUUGUGCAUUUUGAUUUUAAUAGCACUCCAUUUGAGCUCCAUGAUGACAAUUAUGUUUUGAAGGCGAUGAAAUUCUGUGAUAGACCGCAGAGUGAUGAAAUGGCACACAAUUUUUCUGCAGAUGGUGAAGGUUCUAGCAUGUCUGCAAUGUACCAACAACAGAUCCCACCUCCCCCAAGGACAAACACGCCGGGUAGGCCUCCAACGUCGCCGCCUCUUCCGGGAAUAUUGAAAGCACGUGUCAAGCAUGAACAUUGAUAGUUGAGUUUCAUGCUCAGCGCCAUGGGCAAUAGUCUCUACUUGUACAUUGUGUAAAGUAAUUUGCCAGAAGUGCGGCCUGUAGGAUCAUCCUCACCCCAUACUAUUUUACCCAACAUUAAAGCCUGAUUAGUUUAUUUGCUUGAAGGCUUCGCAAGGGAUCUCGGUUCUGGCAAGUCCGUAGCUUUUACAUCUUCAUAAAUUUGCCUCCUGUAAUUGUUUUCAUCCUAUUUUCUCAUGUUAUUUUGCCCCCACUGUAGUAGAAAUUAGCUUUUAUUUAUAUUAGACUAGAGAUUGUUCGCUGCAUACAGAAUCAUAGAAUGAACUAGUUGUUAAAAUCGCGGUUCCUGUUAGUUUUUGUGAAUUUGUAUAAUCAGAUUUACGUUAAAGGAAAUUCAUUUCCUGUAUAACCGCGACGUAAGGUUUAUA